UUUUUUGAAUUUGAUAACUUCUAAAGCCUGGAUAAUAUCUUGAUUCUUCGUGCAACGAUCUAUUACUCCUGCUCGUACAUCGUGACGAACACAUGUUGAUACCCCUACGGCAGUGACAUCACGCCAUGCUUCUUGCACGAACAUACUAGAACUACUUAUAAUUAAUUAAUCACCUCCUUUGCCCCUAGACUUUUCUCCAUUUUAUAAUCGACGGGUUCCUAGGCAAUUAGUGCGCGGUAGUAUAAGGAGGUUAAUGUACUCCACCCGUCGCCGGCAGGUAUACCGGAUAUCACUGGGAUCGCCCUUUAGUCGAUAGAUCGCUGGGUAUCACGGAUAUCACUAGAAUGGUCCAAUAGGUACUACUAUUAUUAUACCAUUUUAGUAUUAUUAGUGCCCAAGAUCAUAGAAUGGUGGUGGUACUCAUUAAUAUUAGUGUUAAUUGAUAUUAUAAAUUAGAAGCGGAGCCCCCUGAAAUAUUGCCAGGCUGAAGCGGAGCCCCCUCAAGAAACUGAAACUAAAUCCUUACUUUUUCUCCUUUGUAGUUGCAAGUAGGACUGCGUAGAUCAAGAAGAAAACUUGAUUUAGACUUUACUACUACAUCAAGAAGAACACAAGAUGCAAGUAGCAGGUGCAUCAAGAUCAAGGAAGCAAGCAGCAGGUACAGGUGACGUCGACGGCCGUGGCGCCGUCCCGGUGCAACGACGUGGUAGGCGGGGACGGAAACGUCAAGGACGUGAUGAUAAGCUUGGACGUGAUGAUGUUACUAAAAACUACCACAACAAAAAUGACCAUACUACGAAACCAAGAGGUGGUGGUGGUCGAGGAGGAGGAGCCCCUCCUCCAUCUACUACUAAUGGUGAAAACAUCUACGACAAGAUGAACGAGCGAGAAGAUAAUCAGCGAGAAGAUACGCGUGAUCUUCCUGUCACUCGUGCUCGUGGUCGUGGCAGAAAUCCUAAUACUAAAGCUGAUGGAGUGCCUCUCUUCAACAAAGGAGUGGAUCAUCCUGCGGGAGCAAACCCAAACAUGAACAAUGCUUCUUCCCUUCCGAUUAAGAGCAAGGCUGAAAUUAGUGCAGAAAGGCCAGCUCAGACGCUAUUGUUCCCUUCCACGCGUAGUAAUUUUGGGGACCACUCACGAGGACCUCUGCGCGACUAUGUGAAUGUGAAGAAGCAGGCGUUCAAAGGUGUCAAAGGUGUCGACUCGAUCUCCAACGCGGAAGCAGAUGCAAUUUGUCACAACAAGAUGAGCAAGAUGAAGAACAUGAAUCCUCAUGCUCCGAGCUUGCAGGUUUUGGAGGAUCUUCUUCAGAAAAUGGCCGUCGCUGGAGCUAAAAAUGGACCUGGAGGAAGUACUAGCUACAGCAACCCCGGAGCAGGAGGGCCUCUUGGUGCUCGUGCUGCAAACUUCAGGAACGUACUCGAAGAUCUUGAACGCGCGCGAGAACUACAACAUCAUGGAGGUAAUUCCUAUGCGGCCUCAGGGACCAAGGUGGGUCAAGAGAAUCAUAAUGAUGUUGAAGAAUUCUUACGGAGGUUCCUGCUGCAGAACAACAUCAGUAGUGGAACGAGCAGGAACGAGCCGUCUUCUCGUGCACUGGAUGUUCAGCCUAGCUCUCUGGCCGCAGCAGCUAGCGUUCCACCUCCACGACCUGGUGAACAGCAGGAACUGCGUCAGCUACGUGAUGAAAUUCGUCAGCAAGUGCGUCAAGAACUUCUAUUAGAACAAGCCGAACUACAGGAGGCAUCUCCGACGUCGUCAAAAACGAGAGCCCAGUUGGAUCAGUGGGCCAAAAAGCUUGUGCUUUUCGGAGCUCAGAUGGGACGUGCCGCAUCGCUCCACACAUCGUCGCAGAGCAGUGCAGCUACUGGACCGAAGGAUCUUGGUGCGGCGACUAGUACCACGGCCCUUGUAAGUAAUUAUAACCAGAAGUACAACCUCCAGAGCAGUCGCAGCCCGACGAACGACACUUAUACGAAGCAGAGAGGUACGAACGAAAGCUAUGCAGCAGCUGCUCUCAGCCGUGCUGGUCCAUUCUUGGGGUAUGACCUAACCAGUUUGAGUGCGAAGAACGUCGAUGGCACGCCCAGCAGGAGCAUAGACAAAACGACCAUGGACGCUUUUAUUCAGAGUCGCACGGUGACGCAAGAAGAUCAGAGCUGCUCAAGAACAUUUUUGUCCCCGGGUGAUGUGGGAGCGUUUUCACCUGGUUCCAACAAGUGGAGCAAACACAACAAGGGAGCACAUCGUGAAGAGGGUACGACUGACUCUUCUGAGGCAACGUUGCGGAAAGCACUCGAAGCCUUUGCUCUCGAGGCUCUCGGAGACGCCGUGGAGGAGUCCACUGCUACAACGAGUGUUGGAACUACAGUUAAGGCUCGACUUUCAAUGGUCAUCAUUUAGAUUGGAGUCACUGAGAUCGAAGAGGCGACCCCUUCUUGAUUAAGGGUUGAAACAUUUCAUAUCUACACGACCCCAGACCAAUGUCUUGACCUUUUAUUUUACCAAGUAUUUUGUUACUUCAUUUUUCUCAUCUUUCCGGCGGAGACGAUUACCAGGCGGAUUUGGGUCGUGAAAAGAACGGCACUGGCGAUGACAAGGUGCUGGCACGACGAUGCCUUGAUGUGGGUUAUAUUUGAGUGA